AUGAGCCAUUCGGAAGUAGAUGUUUGCGCGUUGAUAUCAACCAAGGAGGAACAAGAUUCUUUUCAUCAACAUAUAAAUGCUCUAGAUGGAUGUGAUAACAAUAUUGCAUUUUUCUUUGAUCCAGACGAAUGCGUCGAAUAUAUAUUAUCAAUUCAUCAAGAAAAGGGUCUUCUGAUUCUUGGCAAGGGUCAAUGUCAUCUAGUGGAUAUUUUUUCUACUUUACCUUGUAUUUUCUACAUUUAUUUGACUGAAGCACAACAUUAUAACGAUGCAUCUCGUGUACGAUGCAUUAUUUCUAGCCCCCGAGAACUGCUGGAGAAGAACGAUCUAAAUUUUAGCAUUUCACCGAGCAUAGAAUCUAGACUACAUGGAUUAACAACAACAGAUGUUCGUGACGACGGAGUAGCAUUCUGCUACACACACACAAUGCUACUUGUACUGCUUCACACACAGAAGCCAGCUAAUAACGUUCAUGAAGACAUGCUCAAAGAAUGUCGCGCUACUUAUGAUGGCAACGCAAAAGAACUUGAAAAAAUCGACGAAUUUGUAAAGACAUAUGAAUCGAUGAAAGCGAUCUCUUGGUAUACAAAAGACUCAUUUCUCUAUCGACAGCUUAAUGCUGCAUUCCGUAGAGCAAACAUACUCACCAUCUGGAAGUUCAGAUUUAUCAUUCAAGAUAUAUAUCGCCAGCUUGAGAUAUUGCAUACAGAACAAUCCAAGAACGCUAAAGCUAUAUCUCACAAUAUUUAUCGACUCUAUCGAGGUCAACGUAUGACUUUAAAUGAAUUCAAGCAAAUAAAAGACGGUGUAGGUCACUUGAUGGCAAUAAACAGUUUUCUAUCCACAACAAAAUACCGCAAUCUAGCAGAAAUAUGGGCCGGCGAUGGUGAAGAUCGGCCAAAAUUGGAAUCAGUUAUAUUCGAAAUCAUUAUUGAUGAAUCUGAGUUUGGAGACAUAUCGGUAGUCUUCGCAGACAUUACUGCAGAGAGCAUCUUCGAAGAAGAAAGAGAAGUGUUACUAGCCAUGGGCGCAACAUUGCGUAUUGAAUCGGUGGAACCUGAAGGAAAUGCUUGGAAAAUCUGUUUUCGCGCAUGUCCAUUUGAAGAUAGAAUAUAUCGGGAAUUAAAAACUCGGUUCCCAAAAUGCAAUGAAUCAUUAAUAUUCAAUGAGAACAUGUCGCGACUAAUGAUUGGACAAGCACUUCUCAGUAUGGGUGAAAUCGAAAAAGCACAACAAAUUACUCAACAGAUGGAUCGAUUUCAAGAUCCGAUAGCUAAUUGUAUGGAUACAAUACUCAAAUCGAGCAUAGAACUCCAAAAACCAGAAUCAGACAGUACUGAAUCUAAUGAGCGGAUUAGACUAUGGGAAAAUUUAUCUAAAAUGAAAGAAUCUUUCAAAGCCGUCAAACCAUUGACGAGCUUUCAUGAUAAUUUCUAUCCAAAUAGAUUGCAGAUAGCAGAGAAAAUGAAGAAUCCAUGGCACAAUAAUAUACUACGCGGAAUCGCUUGGACAGCUGCGCAGGAAAACGAUAAUGACACAGCUAUUCAAUGCUUACAAGAGGCUCUCUUGCGUUCAUGUGACGAUGAUCUACGUGCGACAGUAUGCAUGCAACUGGCUCUUAUCUAUAUAAAGCAAGAGAACUGGCGAGCAGUUCUCGAAACUUAUGAAAAAAGUUUUAAUCUGCCAAAAGUGUCGGAAAAAUCACCCAUGCUUCUUUCGGCACAUGACAUUUCUGCAAGUCUAUAUCAGCAGUUUAAAGAUAAUUGCAAUGCGUUGGUACACUAUAAAAGAGCAGUAGAACUUCGUUGUCAGCACCAUUCAUCUCAUGAUCCGAAGGUCAGUGCAGACAAAAUGCGGAUUGCAUUAAUUUUCUUAGAAUUGAAAGAUAUGGAUGCUGCUUUCAAGAUUUUUGGAGAAGUUAUUGAACUUGAUCAUUCUAAAGAUACAAGAGUCGCUUAUGAACGUAUGGGUUUGAUCUACCUCUUGAGAGGAGAUUGUGAUAUGGCACAUUAUUGUUGUACACAAAGCCUCGAGAUGGCACAACGUGAGGUAUCUCCAGAUAUCGAUUUAAUUAUAAAAAAUCAUCUACAUUUUGCCAUGAUCGAAUAUAUGUGGAAACAUUUCGACGAAGCAGAUGCUCAUAUGAACGAAGCUAUAGCCAUGUCUACUAAUUGUCAAUGUACCCAGCGAACGAAAAAAGAAAUUCAAACUACACUUGAUGCAUUACACAGCCUUGAUACUCGCAGACACAUGACAACGAAUUAG